AUGGAAAUUAUUUCACCAAAACGAUUCAUUUUAUUGACUUUAGCCACUUCAAGUUUAUGGACCUCAAAUAUCUUUUGUACAGAUGAAUUAAUGAUGUCCAAUCUUCACAGCAGAGAAAAUUACAGCAGAUAUUGUAAGCUUAGAGGACACCCAGAAGAGGAAAAGGAAAGAAGUCUCCAUUUUGAAGAAUUAAAAGAUUGGGGACCAAAAGAUGUCAAUAAGAUGAGUAGCCCAACAGUCAACAAAAUGCCACAUGCGGCAGCCACCUUGCCUUUGAGAUUUGGGAGGACCACGGAAGAAGAAAGCAGCCCGGGGCCAGUGGCCAACCUGCCUCUGAGAUUCGGGAGAAAUAUGCAGGCGAGCAUCUUGAGACGCAUUCCUAACCUGCCCCAGAGGUUUGGGAGAACGACAGCAGCCAAAAGUGUCACCAAGACACUGAGUGACCUGCUGUCACCGUCUGCCAUCGAGUUGCUUUACUCCAUGGCCUGCCAGCACCAAGGAACUCAGAAUUCUGACCCCAAACACCCCAGGGGACUGGAAUUCAGGAAAACAGACAAUGCUGAGCUGCAGCAAGAAAAAUCAGAAAAAUCUGGAACCUGUCCCUAA